CACCCGCAGCUGAUUCUGGCGCUCCCGGCAGGGCGAGACUGGAGCAGAGCUGACGGGCGCCGGAGCCGAGGCGGACGCCGCGCGCACUGCCGGUUGGAGCUGCACUGAGUGAGCUGUUGCCGUCCGGGGCCAAGCAUGCUGUGGUCGGACCUGCCCAGCCGUGGAACAGAAAUGUUUGCUGUAUGGAAAAUCCAUAAAAGAAAGCUCCUGUGAAAGCCUGAGACAGACAGUGACUAAAGCAAAAUCAGGAUUGCUUUGAGGGAGCCUGUUGUUAAAUGGGUCAGCUUCCUGGAGCAAAGAAUAGAGUGGAAAAGUGGAGCGAUACAUUUGGGCUGCCUGACCUCACUGGGUGAUUGCUAUUAAUUAACAAGACUUUGUGGGAAAAGGGAACUUGCCUUCUGAGCUUUGUACCAAAGACCUGGGAAAACUUAACCAUCUCAGUCUUUCCUGAGUACUUGGAAACUGCUGGGGCCCCUGCUAAUGUGCUGACUGGUCGCUAUGGGCAGACGGUACCCAGAGGCUCACUGUCAUCCGGGCAGCUCAUAUUUCAGAUUAUAACCUAUAUCCUGCACCACUGCUGACGUCCAGUGAUCCAUGUCAGAAGUACUUCCAGCUGACUCAGGUGUAGACACUUUGGCAGUGUUUAUGGCCAGCAGCGGAACCACAGACGUCACGAAUCGGAACAGCCCGGCCACACCACCAAAUACCCUUAAUCUCCGUUCUUCCCACAAUGAACUGUUGAACGCUGAAAUAAAACACACAGAAACCAAGAACAGCACACCCCCCAAAUGCAGGAAGAAAUAUGCACUGACUAACAUCCAGGCGGCAAUGGGCCUCUCGGAUCCAGCUGCGCAGCCCCUGCUGGGAAAUAGUUCUGCCAACAUCAAACUGGUGAAAAAUGGGGAGAACCAGCUCCGGAAGGCAGCCGAGCAGGGGCACCAGGACCCCAACAAGAACGUCAGCCCCGCCGCGGUCAACGUAACUUCCGAGAAGUUAGAAGGGAAGGAGCCCCAACCGCCCGACGCCUCCGGCUGUGAAAUUUUGCCCUCCCAACCCAGGAGAACCAAGAGCUUCCUGAAUUACUAUGCAGACCUGGAAACCUCAACCAGGGAACUCGAGCAGAACUUGGGCAACCAGCACGGGGUUGCGGAGGAGAAGACCCCGCCAGGCCAGGGCCAGGCCUCCACUGUCAUUGGGAAUGGCGAUUUGCUGCUGCAGAAACCGAGCAAACCCCAGUUCAGCCCUGAGGACGGCCAGAUCGCCACAGUGUCUUCCAGCCCGGAGACCAAGAAGGAUCAUCCUAAAACGGGGGCCAAAACCGAUUGCGCACUACACCGGAUCCAGAACCUGGCACCGAGUGAUGAGGAAUCCAGCUGGACCACCCUGUCCCAAGACAGCGCUUCCCCCAGUUCACCAGACGAAACAGUAGAUGUAUGGAGUGAUCAUUCCUUUCAGACCGAUCCAGAUUUGCCACCUGGCUGGAAAAGAGUCAAUGACAUUGCUGGGACCUACUACUGGCACAUACCAACAGGGACGACUCAGUGGGAACGCCCUGUCUCCAUCCCAGCAGACCUUCAGGGUUCUAGGAAAGGGUCACUUAGUUCUGUAACGCCAUCUCCCACCCCGGAGAACGAGAAACAGCCAUGGAGUGAUUUUGCUGUUCUGAAUGGGGGAAAGAUUAAUAGUGACAUUUGGAAGGAUUUGCAUGCAGCCACAGUCAACCCAGACCCCAGUUUAAAAGAAUUUGAAGGAGCAACACUACGCUAUGCAUCCUUGAAACUCAGAAAUGCCCCGCAUGCUGACGACGAUGAUUCUUGUAGCAUCAACAGUGACCCGGAAGCCAAGUGUUUUGCUGUGCGCUCUCUGGGUUGGGUGGAGAUGGCAGAGGAGGACCUCGCCCCUGGCAAGAGUAGUGUUGCCGUCAACAACUGCAUCAGGCAGCUUUCGUACUGCAAAAAUGACAUCCGGGACACAGUCGGCAUCUGGGGAGAGGGGAAGGACAUGUACCUG